UCAAUAAAAUGUGUUUGUUUUUUUGUUUUUUUAAAGAAGUGCUCUUAGUAUUUGCUUAGAGAUUGUGUGAGUGGAUAGCUUUCAAAGUUGCCUUUGACACACCAGUGCCUGGUAUUCCUGUACCCUGGCCAUGAGGCUGGCCAUGAAUCUGACAUACUAGUAAAAAUGACACGGCUCCCUUGACAACGACCGGCUCUAGCUGUUUAUACUUAAGACUGGAAAGUUUUUCCGUUAAUAGGCACGGAUCAAUGCAUAGAAAUUACUGCCCCCCCCCCCAAAUAAAAAUAAAGAAAAUUGGAGAUGAGGUGGGGUUAGGGGCCAAACCAGGUAGGCAAUCGAAUUAAACUGGGAGGAAGUUCUUUUAGACUUUUUGAUUUUUAUUUAUUAACAAGAUCUGCCAUCCGAUAUUUAAGUGGGCAGCUGGGUUUGUGCCUGAAGUUUCCAUCCUGUUGGUUUGCUGAGCGUUGAGUACAGGGAUUCCCACAAUUCCGAGCCAGGCGGCCCCGCCUCCCGCUGGCAUUCCGCGCGAGGAUUGGCUGGUGGGGCCGGUCGGCCUCGGGGAGAAAACCUGAACCCACAGGCGCCAUGACUGGCUCAGGGACACCCGGCCCCCCAGGCCCGGGCCCGGCCUCCUGCUCGCCCCGACACCGCCUCCUGCUGCUGCUGCUGCUGCUGCUGCUGCUGCUGCUGCUGCUGCCUGGGGCCCUGGCCAACAAGCUGAAGGUGCCCCAGGUGCUGCUGCCCUUCAGCCGGGAGUCCGGCCGCGUGCCCUUCCUGCUGGAGGCGCAGCGGGGCUGCUACACUUGGCGUUCCACCCACCCUGAUGUAGUAACUGUUGAGCCUUUAUAUGAAAACGGCAUCUUAUGUUCCCAAAAAGCUGUACUUUUUGCUGAAUCUACCCAACCUAUACGCCUCAGCAGUAUUAUUCUUGCUCGAGAGAUAGUGACUGACCAUGAGCUGCGCUGUGACGUGAAGGUUGAUGUGAUAGACAGCAUUGAAAUUAUAUCUCGAACUCGGGAACUUUAUGUAGAUGACUCACCACUGGAACUGAUGGUGAGGGCAUUGGAUGCUGAAGGAAAUACUUUUAGUAGUUUGGCAGGGAUGAUGUUUGAGUGGAACAUUGCCAAGGACAACGAAUCAUCAAGAGGAGAACUGUCUAAUAAAAUUAGGAUUCUAAAAUACUCUGAUGCAGAAUAUUCUCCCCCAGCAUAUGUAACUGAGAUGGAAAAAGAAGGGAAACAAGGAGAUAUAAUUUUGGUGUCUGGGAUUAGAACUGGUGCUGCUGUUGUCAAAGUUCGAAUUUUGGAACCAUUUUAUAAGAAAGUGGCGGCAGCAAUAAUACGUCUGCUUGUUUUGGAGAAUGUAUUUCUUGUACCAUCCCAUGAUGUUUAUCUCUUAGUAGGAACAUAUAUUAAAUACCGAGUUGCAAAAAUGGUUCAAGGAAGAGUGACAGAGAUGGGCUUUCCCCUGGAACAUUAUACACUGGAGUUACAAAACCAUAAAGUUGCACAUAAUGAGUCUUUUUCUGGGAAAGUGGCUUUACUGGAUGAGAAAACAGCCGUUGUGACCGCCAUCCACCUGGGCCAAACUAAUCUUAUCUUUGUACAUAAAAAUGUCCAUAUGCGCUCUGUGUCUGGACUUCCAAACUGCACCAUAUAUGUUGUGCAACCUGGAUUUUUAGGUUUCACAGUCCAGCCUGGAGGCCGAUGGAGUCUAGAGGUGGGGCAGGUGUAUGUCAUUACAGUAGAAGUGUUCGAUAAAAGCAGCACAAAGGUCUAUAUUUCAGAUAAUGUCAGGCUCACGUGCCAGUUCCCGAUGGAGUACUUUGAAGAGCAGCUAACGACUGUGAAUGGAUCUUACCACGUAGUGAAAACCGUGAAAGAUGGUGUCGUGGUGAUAAGUGCCUGCCUGACUUCCAUCCUUUCCCAGAACAAAAAUAUUCAACCUAUAAAACUUCCAGGUUUACAUCAGCAAGAAGUGAAGAUUUAUUUACCCAUCAAGCUAACCCCCAACUACUUGGCAUUUCCUCAUCAUCCUAUGGGAAUGUUAUAUCGUUAUAAAGUACAAGUAGAGGGUGGCAGUGGCAACUUCACCUGGGCCUCUUCUAACGAAACAGUGGCCAUGGUAACCACAAAAGGAGUGGUGACUGCUGGUCAGGUCAGAGGCAACAGUACUGUUGUGGCCCGAGAUGUACAGAAUCCUUUUCGAUACGGAGAAAUGAAGAUAUAUGUCCUGAAACUGAACAAAAUUGAACUGUUACCAUAUCGUGCUGAUGUGGAGAUUGGCCAGCUUAUAGAAAUCCCCAUUGCUAUGUAUCACAUAAACAAGGAGACCAGAGAGGCCAUCGCGUUCUCAGACUGCUCUCUUUUAUCCUUGGAUCUACACAUGGAUAAGCAAGGAGUCUUCACUCUUUUCAAAGAAGGUAUUCAAAGACCUGGACCAAAGCACUGUUCCAGUACACACAUAGCAGCCGCAUCUCUGGGUCACAUUCUGUUGACAGUGAGUGUAACUGAGUAUGGAGAGUACAUGGAAAGCAGUGCCACAUUUGCUGCUUAUGAGCCCCUAAAGGCCAUAAACCCUGUGGAAGUGGCAUUGGUGACGUGGAAUUCUGUGAAGGAAACAGUAUUUGAAGGGGGCCCUCGUCCAUGGAUCUUGGAGCCCUCCCAAUUCUUUUUGGAGUUGACCGCGGAGAAGACAGAGAAAAUUGAAAUAACACAAGUCCGGCUGCCAGCUAAGAGAAAACAGAACCAGUAUAUCUACCGGGUCCUGUGCCUGGACUUAGGAGAACAAGUCCUGACAUUUCGAAUUGGAAAUCACCCAGCUGUCUUGAACCCUAGUCCAGCUGUCGAGGCUGUGCAGGUGCGCUUCAUAUGUGCCCACCCUGCCAGCAUGUCAGUAGCCCCAGUGUACACGGUGCCACCUGGUGCCCAGCCAUGUCCUCUGCCACAGCACAACAAACAACUGAUUCCUGUAUCAAGCCUAAGGGACACAGUUCUGGAACUGUCAGUGUUUGAUGAGCACAAAAGAAAGUUUGAUAAUUUCAGUUCACUCAUGCUAGAAUGGAAAUCCUCAAAUGAAUCACUAGCUCAUUUCGAAAAUUACAAUUCAGUCGAGAUGGUAGCAAAGGAUGAUGGCAGUGGGCAGACGCGAUUACAUGGCCAUCAGAUCCUUAAAGCACAUCAGAUCAAAGGGACUGUAGUCAUCGGAGUCCGUUGUGCAGGCUAUUCAGAGGAAAGUUCAAAGGUACUUCCCAGCUUGCCCAAAUCUGCAGCUGUGGAGCUGCUCCUCGUGGAUGACGUGACUGUGCUGCCUGAGAAUGCCACCAUCUACAACCAUCCAGACGUGAAGGAAAUAUUUAGCCUUGUGGAAGGGUCUGGUUAUUUUUCAGUCAACAGCAGUGAGCAAGACAUUGUCACCAUCAUUUACAUGGAAGCAGAAAGCUCUGUGCAGUUAGUUCCAAUACAUCCUGGAUUUCUCACCUUGGAGGUCUAUGAUCUGUGCUUGGCUUUCUUGGGUCCAGCACUGGCCCACCUCAGGGUGUCAGACAUACAAGAGCUGGAGCUUGAUCUCAUUGAUAAGGUUGAAAUAGGUAAAAGUGUGUUAGUAACUGUGAGAGUUCUUGGCUCUUCCAAACGCCCAUUCCGAAAUAAAUACUUCAGAAACAUGGAGCUCAAACUGCAGUUGGCGUCUGCCAUUGUCACCCUGACGCUAAUGGAGGAACAGGACAAAUACUCCGAAAAUUAUAUCCUUCGAGCUGUCACUGUGGGGCAAACCACACUUGUGGCUAUUGCUAGGGACAAGAUGGGGAGAAAAUUCACAUCAGCUCCUAGGCAAAUUGAAGUGUUUCCUCCAUUCAAACUUGUUCCAGAGAAAAUGACACUGAUUGGUCGCAGGGAAGGGGCAGCCUUUGUGAGUUCCCGUGUUCUCAAGUGUUUCCCUAACUCAUCUGUCAUUGAGGAGGACGGUGAAGGGCUCCUGAAAGCUGGUUCCAUUGCAGGCACUGCCGUGUUGGAAGUCACUUCUGUAGAACCUUUUGGAGUCAACCAAACAACCAUAACUGCAGUUCAGGUAGCACCAGUGACAUACCUGCGAAUGAGCAGCCAAUCCAAGCUGUACACGGCCCAAGGAAGGACCCUAUCAGCCUUUCCGUUGGGCAUGUCUCUCACCUUCACUGUUCAGUUUUAUAAUAGAAUCGGAGAGAAAUUCCACACACACAAUACCCAGCUUUAUCUGGCUCUGAACAGAGAUGACCUCCUACUUAUUGGACCAGGGAAUAGGAACUACACUUACGUGGCCCAGGCUGUGAACAGAGGGGUGACACUGGUGGGGCUCUGGGAUCGGAGACACCCAGGCAUGGCAGAUUACAUUCCUGUCGCUGUCGAGCACGCCAUUGAGCCUGACGCCAAGCUCACCUUUGUUGGAGAUGUCAUCUGUUUCAGUACUCACCUCCUCAACCAAAAUGGUGAACCUGGGAUAUGGAUGAUUUCUACUGACAGUAUUCUACAAACAGACACUGUCACUGGGGUAGGAGUGGCCCGGAGUCCAGGAAUAGCAACAAUCUUUCAUGACAUCCCAGGACUGGUGAAAACAUAUCGAGAGGUGGUUGUCAAUGCAUCGUCAAGAUUAACACUCAGUUAUUACCUCAAGACUUAUCUCACCAAUACUCCCAAUUCAACUGUGUUCAAGUUCUUCAUCACCACUGGCAGAAAUGGUGUCAAUCUUAAAGGGUCCUGCACCCCAAGUCAAGCCUCGGCCAUUACAACAAUACUUCUUCCAGAGACCCUCAUACUGUGUCACAUACAGUUCAGUAACACUUCACUAGACAUUCCAGCAAGCAAAGUCUUUCAUGUCCAUUCAUAUUUCAGCAUGGAGAAAGGGGUUUAUGUCUGCCUAAUCAAGGUUCGACCCCAAUCAGAGGAGCUGCUCCAGGCCCUCAGCCUGGCUGACACCUCAGUCUAUGGGUGGGCCACACUCAUCAGUGAACAUAGCAAGAACGGAAUGCAAAGAAUUCUCAUUCCUUUCAUCCCAGCCUUUUACAUCAACCAGUCAGAACUGGUGCUUAGCCACAAACGAGACAUCGGGGAGAUAAGAGUACUGGGAGUGGACAGAGUUCUUGAGAAGCUAGAGGUCUUCCCCAGCUCCCCAGUUCUAGUGGUCUCUGGCCAGAGUCACUCUUCCCUCACACCUGGUCUUGCUAUCUACCCCGUAAGAGUAGUCAACUUCACUUCCCUUCAGCAGAUGACAUCACCUGUUUUCAUCAAUAUUUCCUGUGUGCUCACAGGUCAAAGUGUGGCUGUGCUAGUGAGAGCUAGUAAGAAGUCUGGUGCAGAUCAAUGUGAAGAUUCAGGUGUCCUCCAGUUCAUGGGUUCUUACCAGAUCCUUUUUACCCUCUUUGUAGUGCUGGCAUCAACAGCUUUCAUCUUUCUAGCAUACAGUGCCUUUCUAAACAAGAUACAGACGGUUCCAGUUGUUUACGUUCCAACUCUAGGAGCACCACUGACAGGUUCUUACGCCUCCACACGUUCUCCCCCUCCAUUCCUGAGUCCACAACCCCCGCCAGCCCAGAGUCGGCUACAACACUGGCUGUGGAGUAUAAAGCACUAACCUGUACUUAGACAAGUCUCCUUAACUGUAGGAAACUGGAGAUUUCUAACCCUUGGCCACCAGAAGCCGCCUAGCAACCACCUCUAUACUUAUAAGCCUCCAGACAAGGUUUCUGAGAAUUGUAAAUAAAGGGUCCUGAGCUGUUCUGUUAAA